AUGGGUAGACUUCACAGCAACGGCAAGGGUAUCUCCGCCUCCGCCCUCCCCUACAGCCGCGUCGCUCCCAGCUGGCUGAAGACCACUCCCGAGCAGGUCGUCGAGCAGAUCUGCAAGCUCGCCAGAAAGGGUGCUACCCCUUCGCAGAUUGGUGUCAUCCUGCGUGACUCCCACGGUGUCUCCCAGGUCAAGCUUGUCACUGGUAACCGCAUUCUGCGCAUUCUCAAGUCGAGCGGCCUCGCUCCCGAGCUUCCUGAGGACCUGUACAUGCUUAUCAAGAAGGCUGUCGCCGUCCGCAAGCACCUCGAGCGCAACCGCAAGGACAAGGACUCCAAGUUCCGCCUUAUUCUUAUCGAGUCCCGUAUCCACCGUCUGGCCCGUUACUACAAGACCGUCGGUGUCCUUCCUCCUACCUGGAAGUACGAGUCCGCUACCGCCAGCACGAUUGUCGCUUAA